GUUACGAGAUCCAUCAUUUAAGUAGUUAUGGACGGAUAAAAUAAAUUCGCUGGCUCCUCACAAGACUGUCGACAAUGAAGAUACUGAUUUCUUGGCUCAACUUCCUAAUUCUUUACUCCGAACUGGUGCUGGCUGCUGCUGAGGGCUCCAAGGAAGAGGCAGAUGAAGGGAAUGCGAAUCGCAUAAAACGAGGGUCGUAUUUGUCAUCAUCGCCGCUGCUGCAGCUCUUGACAAGCAGUCAGGGGUACGGGGAAGGCGUAGGGAGGGCUUCCUCAGGCCUCGGUCUGCUUCUGGGGAACAGCAACAGCCUCAUUCACCAUCAAGAUUCACCAUACCACGAAUCUGCCGCCGACAUCGCCAACAAAGCGGCUGGUCAAGCUACCUCGGCAGCGGCGUCGCAAGGCGAGGCUGCGUAUCGGGCCGCUCAGGCAGCAACACAAAAAGUUGCCGCUCAAGUUUCAGCCGCCGCUCAAAAAGCACAGGCAGCGGCAGCACUAAAAUAUGCCCAGGCAGGACAACUGACUCAGGCUGCUCAAAUUUCCCAGGCUCUUGUGUUCAGAGAAGCAUCGCAGGCCGCUAAGACUGGCCGCACUGUUCAGGCGGCUGAAGCUAUUCAGAUGCUUGCACUGGCCCAGGUGGCGUCUCUCCAGCACGCUCUGUCACAAGCUGAGGCCCAGGUGGCCAUCGCCCAGCAGGUGCUGGGCUCUGCCAAAGCUGCGUAUUAUGAACAGAGUGCGAUGCUUAAAGAAGCCCAGGCUACGGCCCAGAAAAUUGCGCACCAGCAAUCGCUCGCAGUAUCAGAUUUAUCGAGCGCUCAGGCGGCGGCUGAGACGGCCCGAGCUGCGGCUACCAAAGCGUUGUAUAAAGCUCACCCUUUGACUGGUGGGACUCCAGGUAGAUAUAGUGCUCACCAUCGGUGAAAAUUUGCAGCUGACUGAUACCCAAUAAAGUUAAAAAAGAAUUUAAUUAAGUUCCGAUUUGAUAAGGGCGAAAUUUAAAAGGUUCGAUGGUAUAAUAAUUGUUGGUUCCUCUGUGAAAACAAUCGUAUCCUUGUACGAGGCUCUUCACUUUUUAAAUAUGAUCGAGAAUAUCUCGCAUUAAUGGAAAUUUCGACAAAACAUUCUUCAUUUAUUCGAAAAGAUGCCACUUACAUGUGCGUUAUUGAAACGUGAAUAUUUAUACGUUCUUGGUCAUAACUUGUAUAAAUUAUAAUAUUUAAUAUAAGAACCGAAAUAAAAUACUUGACUUAGGGUAAUUAACAGAAAAACGAUUCCUGGUGGAACUUUUUGUAGUAUAAAGUCGAGGAACUUUUUGAAACAUAGUGCAAUGUAUAUUAACCACCUAAUAAUCCAUAGUUUUUAUAAUAAUGGCGAGACCCGUUCAAUUACUAAAUAUAAAUUAUAUUCCAUAACCGCACGCAUUAGGCCCAUCGCCCAUGUUCGUACGGCAAACACAUUGACUGUUAUAAUAAGGGGGCAAAUAACACUUAAUGUAUAAAUAUAAUAUAAAUGAAAAAGCAACCAAACUACAUGAAA